AUGUCUAUGGUUAGUGAUAGCUUCGACCAUCCACACUCAAGACAUCAUUCACUCCACUCUGAAGAGGAUAAAAAAUUGCCUCCAGCAGUAAAGGAAAGUAUAACUGGAGAGAAAAGAAGAAUGAUUAUUACAAUGAUAAUUGCUAUUUCUUCAACAUGGACUUUAUAUGGAAAUAUUGCAACAUUUUAUCCUCCUUACAGAUUAGAGCAUCAUGACACAAUUACUGAUACUUAAGUGGGUAUUGUUUUAGCAUUGUUUGAGGGUGGUGUCUUACUUUCUUCGCCAUUUAUUGCGCAUACUCUUAUGGUAUUCUUUAUUUUAUCGCUUGCAUUGAGAUUAUUGUAAGGAGCUGGUGAUACCUGCAUUAGCACAGCAUGUUUAUCCUUAAUAUCCUCGGAAUUCCCUUCUCGCAGAGAAGAGUUUGUUGGGUAUGCCGAGGGUGCUAUAGGAGCUGGGCUUAUGCUAGGUCCUGUUAUCGGCUAAGCACUCUAUACUCUGCUAGGCUUUGAAUAUACCUUUUACUGCACUUCAGCUAUUCUUAUGCUCCCAUUUUUGGCAGUCCUUUAGUUUAUCCCUUCAUAAUACAAUAGGUCAUCAGAUGAUAGGGCAGGAAGCAUGACAUCAUCACAAAGACUAGAAAAAAGCAAGGAAAUUCGACUAAGGAUGUUAUUAACCAAUAAAAGGGUGAUUGUUGCAGCUCUCUCUUCGAUAUUUGCAAUGAUCUUCCUUUUAUUCUUUGAUACCAUUCUUUCGGAUUAACUUUUGGAUAUGGGAAUCUCUAAGGAUCUUGUGGGCUACAUUUACUCAGUAAGUUGUUUAGUUUAUUCAAUCGUUUGUCCAUUUGUGGGUUACAUUUGCAAGAAAAUCCAUAAAAUUUAUGUUCUCUAAAUAGCAAUAAUACUCUCUGCUAUUUCUUUAUAUUUCUUUGGACCUUCAAAAAUUCUUGGUUUCUCUGAUUCACUUGGAUUAAUGAUAUUUGGCAUGUCUUUACUAGGGGUAUCUUGUGCAUUAAUAUUUGUGCCUUUACUGGGUGAGAUUAUAGAGGCAGUCCAAGAAAAAGAAAAUAUUGCAUCUAGCAAUGAUUAGUUGAAUGACAAGGCUUCUAGUUUAUUUAAUAUGGCCUAUGCUGUUGGAUGUUUAAUUGCACCUAUACUUGGUGGGCUAUUUAAUGACCUUGUUGGAUUUAGAUCUACUUGCGAUAUAAUGGCUAUUGCAGCCACAGCUCUUGCAAUACUAUAUUUCCUGUUUAAUGCCCUACCUUUCUGGAUUUAUCAAAGAUAAAAGAAACAAGAAGAUGAAAAAAUUAAGCUUAAGUAUGGAAAUAUCUCAUAGAAAGAUAAACUUAUUCUUAAUAAAGUUGACCAAGAUUAAUUACUCCUAGAGGAUGAUGAAAAUUUAGAAAAAUCAAAGGAAUAUGAAAAAGAAUUAUGGCAUAUAAAGGACCAAAAUACAUUUAAUACUUAAGCAGAGGAUAAUACAUUCAUCUAGGAUUCAAUAGUUCAUUAGCCACGAAUUAUUGAUAACAAUGGUUGA